GAGGCUACCGCCCAGAAGGCUGCGUCAAAUUCGGCAUUGACGUCACCUGUGACAUGAAGUUAGGCGAAGGUCCUCUCCAAUGCAACCCGGCCUGGAACUGCUACGACGCGAUCCACGAAUCAUACGUUUUGAAGGCGCUGACAGAAUGGGAAUCCGCUGAAAACACAGUACGGACACUGUACGCAGACCCCGACAAGGACCAGCUGAGCUGGGGCAAAGAGACCCACAGUGCCGCUGUGUACGAGUUUAGCGCUAGGUGGACAAAGGGAUGCACGGCCGAGAGCAGUCACGAGGUCUUUGGGGGAGAUUGGCAGAGUGUAUUUAUGAGUACGUGGAAGGACUGUGAUGAUAGGGAUAGAAAUUCAGGGGCCGGUGGCUGGCAUCAGGAAGGCUGCGUCGCGUACGGAUUCUUCCCGUGGUGCGACACGUGAGGGGGUUUGGAUCCCUUGGUCCAGCUGGAAAACACUAGAAUCGUUCAUUUUUGUGUUUGAUAGGAAGUAUGUCCUAUUAUUACGCCGGCGUUCUGCGCCUCCUUCGAGGUAUCUUCAGCACACGUUGCCGAUCACGUGACCCUGGCAACCUUCGCGGAGCCUUGAUACGUUAGGUCACAACGUAACUGAGUAGAGGC